GAAAGCAAGAAGGAACGUUCCAGUGCAGUCUAGUGCAGGAAUAGAAAACAAGCCUCUUGUUUCUUACAUCAUGGGUACACCCAUGGAGUAGGAGAAUAGGAGGCCGAACUCAUCACUCCAAUUACGUUUUCGUUUUAUGUUCCCUAUUGGGAGGAUGGUCGCUGAAAAGAAUAACUUCUUACAGAUGAGCGCCAUUUGUAAUAGUUAGCCUAACCUGACUUUUCAUGUAUUUUUGUAGAGUUCAGUGUUUUUACCCGAAUAUUUAAAUAUUUACUUAUUUCUAAAUCAAACGUAGAAAUGGCGUGUUGGAUUCGAGGAUAUACCACAAAAGGUGGAAAAAGUGGUACUUUGGCAAAAAAAGUCUUUUUACAGCUUUUACUGAUAUCAUGUUCAAUAACUGGAGUGCCAGUGAGGUAGCCACAAAAGGCAUUAACAUGCUCACAAAGAAAAGUCGAAUAUGUAUUUUAUAGACAGUGAUAUCAUUAGACAAGAUGUAUUCGAAAUGAUGGAUGGGUCGACUGUGACAGUGCCCCGAAAGGUACCAAAGUUGAAGGAAGAUGCUGUGCCAUCAAUUUUUGCAUUAAAAAAAACCAUCAGUGUGUGUCACAUAAAUCCUGAAUAUAAGAAAAAAUGACAGACACAAUUGCAAACUGUAAUUAAUUCUACAUCACAGUCACAUGAGAAUGCUUCAAAUAAUGUACAUCAAAUAAAUGAAGGUUUUGGCGAAGUGGAAACAUGGGCUAUAAUGAAAGAAUCUCUCAAAAGUCUAAGUCUUCCAUCAGAAUAGUGGUGCCCUGUAAUCAAGGAAGACUUGAUUGUAUGGAUCUGCUGGACAGAUAACUUGUCUUCCUGUGUACGACGUAUUGUUCUUCACAAAAAUAUGAUAGCUCGUGUAUUCAUUGGAGAAAAAGAAAUUAUUGAAUUAGAUGGAAAAAUGGAUAAUGUGGACAACGUACAGAAUCUUCUUCGAAGAGUGUCAAAUGUUUAUCCGUGUAAAGAAGUGAAUACUGAAACAUAGUAUGUGGAAAAUUUACUAUUUAAUUGUUUAUUUAUUUAUGAAAAAAGUAAAAAUACUAUUUAAUAUGCAUACACAUUAAAAUCUGCUUUCGAAAUUUUCAAUUAUAUACCAUAUACUUUGCAACAGACAAUUAUGUCUUGGAUAUGUCCAAAGAGAAAGCACAAUAUGUGGUGUGCAAAGAAAAAGAUGUAGACCAUGUGCAAAGUACCGCAAAAAUUCUAUUUUGAGAAAAUCGAAAACACCAAUAAAAAUGGAAAAGUUUAUGACAAAGACCCAAACUGUAAAUGUAAAUUACAAAAAGAUCUCGAAUAAACAUUUCAGGCUUAAAAAAAAGGUUUUAUAAGCAGUUCAAAAUAUCUAUUGCUAAUAUAUUAAUCACUUAAUUCGCAUGUAUUAACACUGAGAUUUUAAUGGAAAUGUAGUUUUUGCUGUUGAAAAAGGAAAGUCAAAGCAUGAAGAUCAAAUGCGCGCAAGCAAAUAUGCAAGCAAUAAAAGAAGCUUUCCACAACUCAACAACUGUCCGUGCAAGCAUGUUUUACAACAUCAAAAGUUAAAAGUAGUAAAGGCAUGCGAUAUACUACUCAAUGGGUAUACGAAUGUUUGUUGCUACGAAUAAAAAGUAAAAAGACUUAUGAGCAUCUUCGAAGUCACAAUAUACUUGCCUUGCCAUGCAGAGAUACUUUAAGUCGGUACAUUGAAGCCAUUAAAGGUUGUUAUGGAUUUGAGGAGAAAACUUUUAAACUUUUAAAAGAAAAAAGUGCAAAAAUGGAACCAUCUGAUGUGCGUGGUGUUUUACUGUUGAAUGAAAUGAAAGUAUCUAAAAUAUUAACAUUUAAUCGUAAAAACUUAGAAGUUGAAGGCUUCACAAAUUUGGGGAAAUACACUCCAAAACAAAAAGUUGGAAAAAAAGAAGAUCAUGCACUGGUCUUUAUGUUCCAACCUUUUAAAGGCAAGUGGGUGCAGGCAGUAGGGUGCUUUCUCAGUUCAGGAAGCGCAUCUGGAACAGUUUUGCACUUUGCAUUUCAACUCGUCAUGGAAUGUAUCAUUCUCCUUGAGAAAGCUGGAUUCAAGGUCGAUGCUGUGGCAUCAGAUGGAGCAUCCUGGAAUCGCUCUACGAGGUGUGAUCAAAAAGUAAGGUGACUUUUUGAAUUUCGCGCGCUCUGUACACUCUAAUUUCAAAAUUUUUUUUUGU